AUGUCCAACAACAUCACAUCCGCCGACAGUUGGUCACUUUACCCCUACGACCCAAACAAAGCCGCCCCUAUCGCCUUCGCCGUCCUUCUAACCCUCAUCGCCCUCACGCAAAUCUACCAGUCCUUCAUCCGCUUCUACUGGCGCGCCUUCGGCGGCGUGAUGACCUGGGCCAGUCUGGUUUGGAUCGCAGGCUUCAUCUGCCGGAGCAUCUCCGUUCGCCAAGUCCAAACCAUCGGCCUCUUCAUCGCCCAAUAUGUACUCGUACUCAUGGGUCCGCCGCUCUACUCCGCUGCUGAGUACUUCAUUCUCGGCCGACUUUUGGGAUAUCUGCCGUAUCAUACGCCGAUUCAUCCUGGUCGGGUAUUGAGUACGUUUAUCCUACUCAGCACGGUGGUGGAAACUCUUACUGGCUCUGGAGCGGGGAAUAGUGCUGGUACUGGGCGCGAUCCGGCACAGAAGAAAAUCGGACUGGAUCUAGUCAAGUCUGCAUUGAUUCUGCAGUGUUUCGUGGAGGUGUUCUUCUUCUCCCUGGUCGCGACCGUGGAGAUCAGGUGUCGCAAAGCAAAAAACUUCCCGAUGAAUGUGAGAAAAGUCUGCUACCUCCUCUACAUCACCAGCGCAAUGGUCUUGCUCCGCUGCAUUGUGCGCACGAUCGAAGGCUUCGAAGCGUCCGCCUGCGCUCCGGAUCGAGAGGAUCCUUACUGCGGUCCCGUAUCUCGCAAUGAGUGGUUCCUCUGGACGUUCGAAGUCAGCAAUAUCACGCUGUUCGUGAUCCUCCUCUGCGUCUUCCAUCCCGGCAACUAUCUCCCGCGCGAUAGUCUGGUGUUCUUGGAUCAGACGGAUGGGAAGACGGAAAGAGUCGGUCCAGGCUUCAGCAAGGCGGACAAGAGACCUUUGCUCAGGACGGUGAUAGAUCCGUUCAAUAUCGCUGGAAUCUUGACGGGUAAGGGGUUGACAUUGCAUAAAUUUUGGGAGGAGAGCUGGCCAGCAUAUGACGGACAGCGCAUUGUGAGGCCUCAGAGUGAGCCCGACAAUGUGGAGAGGUCGUCCGUGAUUGUCGAUGGAUCUGGGAAAAAGUGA